AUGACGACAAGUAUUCCGGAUAAAAUGAGGGCCGUCGUUUGCGACACUCCUGGCCCAGUUUCAGUGUUACAGAUUAAAGAUGUACCUGUCCCGAUGCCAGAGUCUGGACAAGUGCUCAUCAAAGUACUCGCAUUCGGCAUCAAUCGCGCAGAAAUGUUUACACGGCAGGGACACUCUCCCAGUGUUAAGUUUCCCCGCAUCAUUGGUAUUGAAGUGAUUGGUAAAAUCGCAGCCUAUGCCGCAGGGGAUGACGCCACCAUACCGAUUGGCACACUUGUGGCGACGUGCAUGGGCGGUCUGGGCCGUGAAAUUCCUGGAUCGUAUGCCGAGUACACUUGCCAGUCCCAGAAAUUUGUGAUCCCGUUCCCAGAUGUUGGCCUGGACUUGGCGACCGUGGCAGCUCUUCCAGAGAUGCUGCAGACCACUUAUGGGUCGCUCACGGAGGCACUCGAUCUCCAGGCUGGCGAGUCGCUGCUCAUUCGCGGCGCGACGAGCUCCAUUGGAUUGGCGGCUAUUCAGCUGGCCAAGUAUCUCGGCGCUUCUAGAGUCGGCGCAACGAGCCGUUCCACUGGCCGCGAAGCGCUAUUGAAGAGCAACGGCGCUGACGUUGUCUACAUCGACGACGGAAGCGUCGCAAAGCACGUCACGACUGAGGCGCAAUUCGACAAGUGCCUCGAGCUCAUAGGAACAAAAACAUUGAAAGACAGCAUUCUAUGUGUCAAGCCUCGGGGCACUGUCUGCAUGACGGGUAUCCAGGGCGGUGAAUGGACAUUCAACUUAUCCCCAAUUACGGACUUGCCCCAGCGACGGCGCCUCACUUCUUACGGGGGCGACGAGCACGAUUUUAUAUCUACGCCCUGGGCAAGAUUGGUCGCAGCUGUUAAAGAGGGCAAGAUUAAUAUUCCGAGCGACGCCUUUCAGUCGUCCCCCCGAUACUAUAUGGUUUGA